GUCGGUACUUCUAAUCACGCAAGGAAUUUUGUCGAAUUAUAAAAAUCUUUUAGGUCGGUUUGUGCAAAUUAUAAGAGUGAAGUGCGCUUAAAUGAGAGAAGUGCAAUCAAAGACUCAAACGAAUGAAUAAUAAAUUAGAAAGAGGGGAGAAAACAAAUAAACUUCAUUUUAUAUGAAAUUAUUCUCAUAUGAAAUCUUAAGGACUCUUUUACUGCAAAUUAUAUUUCACAUUUUCAAAAUUUCUUCACACCACGGAACAACAAGAAACAAUUUUUUCUUAAGAAAUUCAUGCUGAGUAGAAGUAAACAAAUUUAAAUCAAUUUUCUGACAUUUAAUUGCUAGAUUAGUGCAAUCUUUACAAAAUAUAAUCAGGAAAUGUAAUAAACAUGUAAGCCAACAUAGUUCUCCUUGAUGAACGCCAAGGUUAUCCUCUCCCAAAUCAGCUUUGCUUAUCAAUGUGAAAAACAAAAAUUUGUAAAUAAUAUAUGAGCUUAUAUAAGAUCUUUUUCUGUACGGCAGUUGUCUGUCCGAUAAGGGAGAAAAGUGUUUGCUUUGUUUGCCCAAAAAUGAAUCCAAAUUCACGCCGCAAAUUUUGCAGCCCCUAAAAUGGCUUUGACGGAGGCGCUCUUUGUCAUUGUGGGCGUACUGAGCGCUAUUUAUCUGUGGUUCCAGCGCAAUCAUAGUUAUUGGCAGCGCAAGGGCUUGCCCUUUAUGCCGCCCUCGCCCAUUAUUGGCAAUACUGCGUCCGUGUUCACGCAGGAGAGCUCGUUUGGCAUGUACAUCUCGAAAGUGUACAGUGAGCCAAGGAUGCAGGACGAGGCCGCUGUGGGCAUCUAUGUGAUUAACAAACCAGCUCUGGUCAUACGUGAGCCGGAACUUAUCAAAUCCGUGCUAAUCAAGGACUUCAAUCGUUUCCCCAAUCGCUAUGCACGCUGCGAUCCACAUGGCGAUCCACUGGGCUACAAUAACCUGUUCUUUGUGCGCAACCCACAUUGGAAGCAGAUACGCAGUAAGCUGACGCCCGUUUUUACAAGCGGAAAGGUGAAGCAAAUGUAUCCACUAAUGGUGGAGAUAGCUGAGGAUCUGGAGUCACAUUUGGCCAGGCAUCGUCCAGCACAGGGUACCGAAUACAUUACCGAGGUCAAGGACAUAUGCGCAAGAUUCACCACGGAUUCAAUUGCUACCAUUGCAUUCGGAGUGCGCGCAAACAGCUUGGAAAAUCCCGAGGCUGAGUUUCGCACCCAGGGACGCACGGUAUUUGAAGCAACUCUGUCGCGCAGCAAGGAUUACUUUGUAGCCUUCUUUUUGCCCAAGUUGGUGUCGCUGUUUCGGGUUAAAUUCUAUACGGAGAAAUAUUCCGAUUUUCUACGCAAGACCAUCAACCAUGUGAUGUCGGAGCGGGAACGCACGGCCACUGUGCGCAACGAUCUAAUUGAUAUCCUAGUUGGUUUACGCAAGGAGGCCGCCCUGGACCCCAGCAAGCCGCAUCUGGCCAACAACAAUGACUUUUUGGUUGCUCAAGCAGGUGUUUUCUUCACGGCUGGGUUCGAGACCAGUUCGUCUACUAUGGCGUUUGGUCUGCUGGAGCUGGCCAAGCAGCCGGAACUGCAGGAGCGUCUGCGCCAGGAAAUCAAUGAAGCUUUGGUGGAGGAGGGAGGCAAGUUGAGCUAUGAGAAAAUCAAUUCACUGGGAUACCUAGCCAUGGUGGUCGAUGAGGUGUUGCGCCUGUAUCCAGUGCUGCCUUUCCUGGAUCGCGAAUAUCAGAGUAUUCAAGGCCAGCCGGAUUUGUCGCUCAAACCCUACUACGAUUAUAAGAUGGAGAACGGCACGCCUGUUUUUAUACCUGUCUAUGGACUACAGCGUGAUCCCAAGUAUUGGCCAAAUCCGAAUCACUUUGAUCCCGAACGCUUCUCACCGGAGAAUCGAAAAUCAAUUGAGCCCAUGGCCUAUCAACCCUUUGGUCUGGGCCCCCACAACUGCAUUGGAAGUCGCAUUGGCCUACUCCAGGCCAAACUUGGUCUGGUGCACAUCCUGAAGAAUCAUUAUGUGCGCUGCUGUUCGCAGACUCCCAAGGAUAUUAGAUUUGAUGCCAAGGCGAUUGUAUUGCAGCUGGAUAAGGGCAUGUUCCUUGAGAUUGUAAACGAUAGACUUUACGACGAGAAGGCUCUGUUCGUCUCUUUGUCCAUAUACCCAAAUCAUCAGUCGCUGACAGGUGAAUUGCCGCUAUCCGCUAUCCGAACUCCCGACAAACUUCCAAGCCUAACCACCAUGCUACCUUUCUGCUUAGCUCUAUUGCUCUUGGCGCUUCUCUUCAGCUAUCUCCAUUUGCUGGAACGUUACAGCUACUUCCGGCGUCACCAGCUGCCGUAUUUGCCCGUUUCCACCUGGACGCCGUUGGGUCAUCUGAAGCAGUUGCUGUUCCUGCGCAUUUCCUUUGGAGAUCUCUUCAAGAAUAUUUACGCGGAUGAGCACACCCGUGACGCAAAACUCGCGGGUUUCUUUGUGUUCCAAACACCAGCGCUUAUGAUACGCGAUCCGGAGCUCAUACGCCUUGUGCUGAUCAAGGAAUUCAAUAGCUUUCUAAAUCGCUAUGAAGCUGCCGACGCUCGACAUGAUCCCAUGGGCGCGCUGACCCUGCCGCUGGCCAAGUAUCCCCAGUGGCGGGAGAGUCGUCAGUGCAUGUCGCAGCUAUUCACCAGCGGGCGCAUGAAGCAGCGCAUGUAUCCAUUGAUGCAGCAGGUGCUGAUGGACCUUGAGCGGCAUCUGGUGAAGCGUAUGUGUGGACAAUCGGAGCGCGUGCUGCCCUUGAGUGAGAUGUGUCAGCUCUAUACGACAGAUGUGACGGGCAAAUUGUUCUACAGCUGGGAUGUGGGUGGAUUGCGUGAGGGCAAAUCCCCAUUGCGCCAACAGACCAAGCAACUGUUCAGGCCCGACGUUAAAAAGGUGCUGCACUUCAUGUGCAUCUUCUUUUUGCCACAAUGGACCUGGCUGCUGCGCGCCAAGGUCUUCUCCAUGGACUAUGCCCAAUUCAUGAGGCAGCUGGUGCGGCGCCACGCCACCGACACUCAGGUUGACCUGAUUAGACAGCUCCAGCAGCUCCAACACGCCCGUCCACACACACACUACGCACACGAAGCGGACUUUAUAGCCGCCCAGGCUGGCAUCAUUUUGCUCGCAGGCUUCGAGACUUCCUCCGCCUUGCUGGGCUUUACCCUCUACGAGCUGGCCAAGCAGCCGGCGCUGCAGCAGCGUUUGAGGCAGGAGCUGGCCAUAGCUUUUGGUGGCGACGCUCAGCUUAGCUAUGAGGCGGCAGCUACGUUGCCAUAUCUCAAAAUGGUUUGUCUGGAGGCACUGCGUCUCUAUCCCGCCGCUGCCUUCAUCAACCGCGAGUGCACCCGAGCUGAAGGUUUCGCGCUGCAACCGCACUUCGACUUUGUGAUACCCUCUGGUAUGCCAGCUUAUGUAUCCAUUUUGGGCAUACAGCGUGAUGCAAAGUACUGGCCCAAGCCUUUACAUUUCGAUCCCGAACGCUUUGCGCCGGCGCAUAUAAAAAACAUAAUACCUAUGUCUUAUAUACCCUUUGGUGCUGGUCCACAUGGUUGCAUAGGCAGUCGGCUCGGCUUGCUCCAGCUUAAGCUGGGCGUGGCUCACGUUUUGAGAUGUCAUCGUGUGGAGUUCUGCGAGCGAACGGUGCCCGAAAUACGCUUCAAUCCCAAGACUUUUAUGCUAGAGUCUCUGGAUGAAUUAUAUUUGCGUUUCUGCGUUGACCCACUGUAGAUAGAACUUAUAUAUAUCAAUUACUUAGCGGCUGUGAUAUUCGAUCAUUAAACUUUAUGUAAGUACUGUCCAAUUAUUUAUUACGUUUGAGAAUAGUUUGAAGUCAAGCCAAAACUGAAUGCGCUGGCUGAUAGACACGCAAGGCCGAGCUAUUCAUACAUAUAUUUCUAUAUAAAAUCGAAUUACUUUAAUUUUCAUAAUCCGUAAGCUAUGAAUUCCAAGGGCCGCUUGGUAUUGCAUGCGGUCAAAGUUUUGCUACCUAAUGAGCCAAAUAAUUUUAAUUGAUCUACGAUUGAGACCAAAAAUCUUAAGAUUUGCACAGGUACAAUAUAUUUACCAGGUUAUUUUCACCCUCAAACUUGUGACAUUACGUGGAGAACAACAGCGCAGAAAGAGUUCUGAUUCUUUUCAUCUAUUAAAUUAAACUACUAGAAUAAUAUAUUUGCGACAGCUUCAGAGUAAGGCUGAAAUGGGAGA